AUGGCUCGCAUCUGGUUCGUCACCGGCUCUUCCAAAGGCCUCGGCCUCGCCAUCGUCGAAGCUGCCCUCGCGGACGGCGACAAUGUCGUCGCUACCGCCCGCAAACCUUCCACAGUCGACCACCUACUCGAAAAAUACGGCCCUGAUCGCAUCCUGCCACUGGCCCUCGAUGUCUCCAAGAACGACCAGGUCGAGAGCGCCGUCAAGGCUGCCGUGGACAAAUUCGGCCGCAUUGACGUCGUCGUCAACAACGCCGGCUACGCCAUCCCUCGAGCGCUCGAAGACACGUCCGUCGAGCUCUUUCAGGAGCAGAUUGACACCAAUUUUCUAGGCACCGUCUACGUGACCAAGGCCGUGACCCCGAUCCUGCGGAAGCAGCAGUCUGGCCGCAUCCUGCAGGUCUCUUCCGUGGGCGGCAGGUUGGCCACUCCUGGAUUAUCGGCGUAUCAAGCUGCGAAAUGGGCCGUCGGAGGCUUCACCGGCGUCGUGGCCAAGGAGCUGGCGCCGUUCGGCAUCAAGCUCACCGUGCUGGAGCCCGGCGGCAUGAAGACGGACUGGGCUGGGUUUAUAGGAGAGGAAAUUUUCAUAAGCGACCCGUAUCAGCAGACAGUGGGAGAGUUCCAGAAGAUCCGAGAGAAGUACAGCGAGUUUCGCUCGGAUCCAAAGAAGGUGGCAGAUGUGAUUGUCAAGAUAUCCAAGGUGGACGAUCCGCCGCUGAAGCUGCUGCUGGGCCCUGAGACGGUCGAUCUGGCAAAGCAGGCUUCGGCUGAGCUUGCGGCGUCGGAUGAGAAGUGGAGGGAUGCGACUCUUCUAAAGAUUUAA